AUGUCCCUCGAAAAUGCACUGGAUGAGGAGCGUCUCGAGAUCCUCGCGCUCCUCGAGGGUCGCCCGACUAACUCUGCACCUCCGACAAAUCGUGAGAGAGCGUCCAGUCCGUCCGUCACCAAAUCGCCAGUACGGAGCAUGCUCGACAUAGGCCCUCCUCCUCCCCAGCCGCGAAGCAUGCUGGAUGUCGGACCAGCGCCUUCCACGCGUCGCAUACAUUCGUCCCUGGCAGGCUCGGCUGUCAACCCAGAGGAGGCAUACAAAUUCGAAAUGCUUCCGUCCAUUGAAGCACACGCGUUGCCGAAACGCGUGACUCAGGGUGGAAAGAAGGCCAAAGGGGCAAUGUCGAGCGUGUUUGGAUCUGGAGACAGCUCCUCAAGAGCCGGAUCACGGUCUGGACCGCUCACGGGCCAUAAAAAGUCAAAGUCUCCGGGUACGCGGUCUCAGUCACCUGCGAAUCGUAAUCUACAUCUGAUGCCGGAUCCUGGAAAAUAUUAUUCCGAAUCUGGAAAAGCGAUUGACAUGUCGAGUGCGUACCGUCGACUUUCGGACGCCGCACUCUUGCGCCAUGGAGGAACUUUCGCCAGUCUGCCUCACCGGAAAGGUUCCGACCCCGAAACGGGGGAAUUUAUAGGCGCUGAUGGCCACGUUCGAUUAGAGAUGGACUACGACCCUGACGAGAAAGACGAGGAAGCCCUGGAAAUUUCCGACGAUAGUUCAGAUGAAGAUGUCGCCGGCAAGAAACGUGGUCGACGUCGUACGCGGGAGGGAAGCACUGGAAGUGUUGGUGGACUUGAGGCCAAGGCCAGGACUCUGAACAUUGAUGGCGGGAAACGACCGCCGACGUCUCUCAUGGGCGCGGCGGAAGAGGAACGGAAAGAGACCGCCUACAAGUACCGGUCCCUCCUUGACGACCCAUCCAUAUCCAUCACGGAACCCGAAGACUCCCUCGAAUACAUCACACAGGCCAAUAAACGUCCGGGUGUUCAUCCUGCCACCAACUUUGAUGCGCAUUCAGCCCUUUCUACACCCAUGACCUCCGACGAUGAGGGCGAUUUGGAUGACAUCCGAAGAGCACAAAAACUAGAACUCACGGCAUCCCAGGUGAAGAGCACGCCUGAAAACCAGCGAUGUGUUCGCGAGAUCAUCAGGGGCGAAUACAUCACCCUUCAGGAAGAAGCACAACAAGGACUUCGGCGCCAAAGGGUUUACUUGGUUGCUACAGACUUGAGCGACGAAGCCGAGUACGCGCUGGAAUGGACCAUCGGCACUGUUCUCCGCGAUGGAGACACCCUUCUCGCAGUCUACGCCAUGGACGAAGAGGCGAUCGGCGCGACCACCGAUGCUUCCCACGAAAAGACAGAAGGCAACGGCUCAAGUGACCCAACCAGCCUCCUUAGGACCCUCAGUAACGAUGCGGCCGGACCCACGGGGCUCAUUCAUGGAACCCAUCCCCUUACUGCCGCGAACCUAUCUCCUCUCGCCACCGUAACGAACGCCGAUGGCACAAAGACGAUGGACAAAGCGGAGCGGGAGCGCUGGCAUGCGGUGAUGGAAGUGAGCGACCGGUGCAUCAAGCUCAUACGGGGGACGAGGCUCCAGGCUCGCAUCUUGGUGGAGGUGUUCCAUUGCAAGAAUCCGAAGCACAUGAUCACCGAAGUCAUCGACUAUCUAGAGCCGACGUUGGUGGUUCUGGGCAGCAGAGGAAGGAGUGCAUUGAAAGGCGUUCUUCUAGGGUCCUUUUCCAACUACCUCGUUACGAAGUCCUCGGUCCCGGUCAUGGUCGCCCGCAAGAAACUUCGAAAACACCCCAAAUACAAACGCACGAACACGCGUUUCAGCAACGUGCUGUCAAGUCCGUCCGGGAAACUGGCGAGUGCCAAGAUAGACUAG